AUGGAAGAAAUGGUAACUGAAGCCUCUACUUACCUGUUUGAAGCCAGCAAAAGAAGAUUUUAUUUCAGGGAAGUAAGCAUUUUAGUCCCAAUGACCUGGAAGUCAAAAUCUGAGUACUUAACACCAAAACGAGAAUCAUAUGACAAAGCAGACGUCAUAGUUGCUGAUCCUAAUCUGAAAUAUGGAGAUGAUCCCUACACACUUCAAUAUGGACAAUGUGGAGACAGAGGACAGUACAUACAUUUUACUCCAAACUUCCUACUGACUGAUAAUUUGCCUAUGUAUGGACCCCGAGGCAGAGUCUUUGUUCAUGAGUGGGCCCAUCUCCGGUGGGGAGUAUUUGAUGAGUAUAACACAGAUCGGCCCUUCUACAUGUCCAGAAAGAACACUCUCGAAGCAACAAGAUGUUCCACUGGGAUUGAUGGCACAAAUGUGGUCAAGGAAUGUCAGAGGGGCAGCUGCGUGACAAGACGAUGCCGACGUGACUCAAGGACAGGGCUGUAUGAAGCCAAGUGUGCAUUUAUCCCAAACAAACGUCAGACUGCCAGGGACUCCAUAAUGUUCAUGCAAAAUCUCAAUUCUGUGGUUGAAUUUUGCACAGAAAAAACCCACAAUAAAGAAGCUCCAAACCUACAAAACAAAAUGUGCAAUUACAGAAGCACGUGGGACGUAAUCAAGAAGUCUGCUGAUUUUCAGAAUUCCUCUCCCAUGAUAGGAAGAGAAGCCCCGCCCAGACCUGCAUUUUCACUGCUGAAGUCCAAACAGCGGGUAGUCUGCUUGGUGCUAGAUAAAUCUGGAAGCAUGGAAAAGGAAGACCGUCUUAUUCGAAUGAAUCAAGCUGCAGAACUUUAUUUAACUCAAAUUGUUGAAAAGAAAUCUUUGGUUGGAUUAGUCACAUUUGACAAACAUGCCAAAAUCCAAAAUUAUUUAAUGGAAAUAACUAACAGCAGUGACUACCCAAAGAUCACUGCAAAUCUCCCACAACAAGCUUUGGGUGGAACUUCAAUUUGCAGUGGAAUUAAAGCAGGAUUUCAGGCAAUUACUUUGAGUGACCAGAGGACUUCCGGUUCUGAGAUCAUAUUGCUGACAGAUGGGGAAGAUGGCCAGAUAAGUUCAUGCUUUGAGGAGGUCAAAAGCAGUGGUGCCGUCAUCCACACCAUCGCUCUGGGGCCUUCCGCUGACCGAGAACUGGAGAGCCUGUCAACCAUGACAGGAGGGCUUCGCUUUUAUGCCAACAAAGACAUAACUGGCCUCAUGGAUGCUUUCAGUGGGAUUUCAUCUACAAGUGGCAGCAUCUCUGAGCAGGCUCUGCAGUUGGAGAGCAAAACCUUGAAUAUUGCAGGGAGGAAACAGGUAACUGGUACAGUGCCUGUGGACAGUACCAUUGGAAAUGACACUUUCUUUGUUGUCACCUGGACAAUACAAAAGCCAGAAAUUACUCUUCAAGAUCCAAAAGGAAACAAAUACACAACCUCAGAUUUCAAAGAUGAUCAAUUAAAUAUGCAGUCUGCUCGACUUCUAAUACCAGGCACCGCAGAAACAGGGACUUGGACCUACAGCCUCUCCAAUAAGGAUGCUGGACCUCAGUUGCUAACAGUGACGGUGACCACUCGAGCAAGAAGUCCUACCACACCGCCAGUAAUUGUAACUGCUCACAUGAGCCAAAACACAGCACGGUACACUAGCCCAAUGAUUGUGUAUGCACGAGUCAGCCAAGGAUUUCUGCCUGUUCUGGGAGCCAGUGUCACAGCCACUAUAGAAGCUGAACAUGGACAUCAAGUCACACUGGAGCUCUGGGACAACGGGGCAGGUGCUGAUACUGUUAAAAAUGAUGGCGUCUACACAAGAUAUUUUACAGAUUAUCAUGGAAAUGGUAGAUACAGCUUAAAAGUGCAUGUCCAGGCAAGAAAAAACACAGCAAGACUAAGUUUAAGACAACAGAGCAAGUCUUUAUAUAUACCUGGUUAUAUUGAAGAUGGUAAAAUUAUACUGAACCCACCUCGACCUGAAAUGCAAGAAGCAGAAGCUCCUGUGGAAGACUUCAGCAGGCUAACCUCUGGAGGGUCCUUUACUGUGUCUGGAGCGCCUCCUGGUGGUGAGCACGCUCCUCCUGUGUUCCCACCCAGUAGAGUCACAGAUCUGGAAGCCGAAUUUAACGGAGAUCAUCUUCACCUUACCUGGACCGCCCCUGGCAAGGUCCUCGACAAAGGAAGAGCGCAAAGAUACGACAUCAGAAUAAGUCAGCGUUCUCAGGAUCUCCAAAAUUUUAACAACGCUACUUUAGUGAAUACCUCUGGUCUGAUACCUAAAGAGGCUGGCGCAAAAGAAAAUUUUGAAUUCAAACCAGAAACUUUGAAACUAGGAGAUAGCACCAUGUUCUACAUUGUAAUUCAGGCCAUCAGUGAUGCCGGUCUCACUUCAGCAACCUCCAACAUUGCACAGGCUGUCAAGUUUAUUCCUCCAGAACACGAUAUUUCUGCACUGGGCCCUAAUAUUUCUAUAAUCUGUCUGAUAAUUUGGGGGUUAACUGUGAUUUCUAACUAUAUUUUAAACUAGAAAAUGUACUAGAACUAAAAUCCAAUCUUGCAUAUACUUGCUAAGAGCUUCUUUAGAAUGAGUUUAGUAGGCCCUCUGCAUAGCGAGACAAUUGUGUAGCUGGAUCUGCUUGGGGGCCCC